AUCAUCAUUGAUCUCAUUAGUUGAGAAAAAAGUGUCCACGAGUAUGCACGCUGAACGUGCGUGUGCGUUGAUUCUGACCUUGGCGAAUAGUUUGUUUGUUGUGUAUGGACAAGACAUAAAUGAUCUAAUUGAGUCGGCAGCUAAUUCAAGUGACGAAUUCAAUUUCUUCUAUGAUGCUAGUGGGGAAAACACUGUAAUAAAAUAUGAAUUAGAUAUCCUUGCCUAUAUUGAUAAAUGGAGUGAGGAGCAGGACAUGAUGGCAGCUGGUGGCAAUGCUAUAAAAAAGAGAAAUGCUCUACGAAACACUAACCGUAGAUGGACUUCAAACACAAUUCCCUAUGAAAUAAAUGGUUAUUUUUCUUCCAAUGACCGUCGACAGAUCACUGCUGCUAUGAAUGAUUACAACACGUACACAUGUUUAAAAUUUAGACCAGCAACAUAUAACGACAGAAACAAAAUCAGAAUACAAAAUGGAGGAGGCUGUUCAUCCUUUGUUGGUAUGCAAGGAGGUGCACAAACUGUUUCACUGGCUUCGGGUUGUAGGAUAAAACGUAUUAUAAUACACGAGCUAGGUCAUGCUGCAGGUUUCCACCACGAACAGACGAGACCGGAUCGGGAUCAAUAUAUAUCUCUCAGACUCAACAACGUACCGCCAUCCGUCAGGUACAACUUCCAAAAGUAUACAUGGAGCAUUAUCAACGCAUAUGAUGUACCAUACGAUUAUUACAGUGUGAUGCAUUAUGGGAGAAAGGCGUUUUCACACAAUGGAUACGACACUAUCAUACCAAAAGAUUCAAAAUUUCUAAACGUUAUUGGAAAAAGCCCUGGAUUCAGUUUUAGUGACGUAAAACUGCUGAAUAUUAUGUAUAAGUGUGGAGAUAAAUGUGGUAACAAGAAAUGUUCUGGUAACGGAUUCGUUGGUAAGGACUGUAAAUGCUAUUGUCCAGGAAAUCCAGUUAAACUGUGCUCUGGUGGCGGAGGUGGCGGAGGCGGAGGCGGUGGCGGUGGUGGUGGUGGUGGCGGCGGAGGAGGAGGAGGCGGUGGCGGAUCAACUUGCAAAGAUGAUAACACUAACUGUGCUUACUGGCAGAAGCAAGGAGAAUGUACAAAGAGCUCUAAAUAUAUGUCAGUUAAUUGUAAGAAAUCAUGUAACAAAUGUGGAGGAGGAGGUGGCGGCGGUGGUGGUGGUGGUGGUGGCGGCGGCGGCGGCGGAGGAGGAGGAGGUGGUACCGUAGGAUCAUGCACAGAUAAAAGUACCAGUUGUGCUUACUGGGCAAGGAUUGGGGAAUGUACGAAGAAUCCGGGUUACAUGUCGACUAGCUGUAAAAAGUCUUGUAAUAAAUGUGGAGGAGGAGGAGGAGGGACCGGUGGUGGUGGAGGGAGCGGAGGAGGAGGAUGUAAAGACAGUAAUAAUAAUUGUGCGUCUUGGGCCAGGAGGGGAGAAUGUAGGAGAAACCCGUCGUAUAUGUUAAAGUACUGUAAGAAAUCGUGUAACCAAUGUGCAAGUAGAAGUGACACAGACACAACUGCAAAAUGUAAGGACCACAAUAAGUAUUGCCUAUCUUGGGCCUCGACUGGAGAAUGUACUAGAAAUCCAGCAUAUAUGUUAGAAUCUUGUGCAAAAUCCUGCAAUGCUUGCGAUAAAGUCUCACACGCUCCUGUUUGUCAUGAUUUGAAUAACAGCUGUAAUAUCUGGGCCCAAACAGGCUACUGUGGCAGUUACGCUUCAUAUAUGUCUACUAACUGUAAAAUGUCAUGUGGAUUGUGUUGAAAACGUUAUUUUCACCUUCUUGCAUAAACUUGAAUUACAACUAGAAUGAAAGAAGUUAUUCAGUUUAAUAUCACGAUGUCGUCGAAAAACAUUUUUUUUUAAAUUCUAGUCUAUUGCAUAUAUUGCUUAUCUAUCAAAUUGUGUCACUAUUCAUGUUUCA